AUGUCAACAAUUUCACUUGUUUCGUUAGCAAUUCGUACGAUUCUGGGUCUCUUGGUACUCAAACCCGUAAUUGAAUGGAUGCUAAAACGAUGGAGAUUCAUCAAAUUAAUCAACAAAAUACCGGGCUUACCUUCAUAUCCGUUCAUUGGCUCGACAUGGAUUGCAUUCAAAGCAAAACCACAAGACAUUAUUGACAUUGCAUUAGCUAGACCAAAAUUUUACGAAGGCGGCAUCAAUUCUGCAUGGCUUGGACCGUAUGCCGAAGUGAGAGUAAAUACCGCAGAAUUGGCACAACAAGUUCUGACGUCAAAGGCAGCAAUGACAAAGUCGGAAAUUUAUCGAAUUUUGCUUGAACCGUGGAUCGGCGAUGGUCUGAUCGUCACGUCGGAUAUCAAAAAAUGGUUUCAUCAUCGCAGACUCAUCACGACAACAUUUUAUUUCGACAUUUUGACGCGAUAUUGUGAGAUUUUCCAGAACAAGGCGAGGAUUUUUUGUGAAGUACUUGAUGAAAAAUGUGAUGGCGAGGCAUUUGACAUCGACAAAUAUUUUUAUCGAUUGACUUUUGACGCGAUUCUUGAAACGGCUUUCGGUGUCUCGCCAAACAUCCAAAAAGACUAUGAAAAUGAAUAUUUGAAGGCUGCUGAAGAAUAUGGUAUACUUGGAGCAAAACGCGCCUCAAAUCCUCUCUUGCACAACGAUUUCUUGUUCAGUAUCAGCCCGUUGGGACGUCAAGCGAAGAAACAACUCAAAAUUCUGCAUGAUUAUUCGAACAAUAUCAUUAACAACAGACGUCGUGAGCUUUUUCAAGUAGAUGCCAACAACAAUGUCUCUCGAAAUAGUGGCGAACAGCCAUGUUUCUUGGAUCUUCUUUUGCGGGAAAGUCAAACAAAGCCAUAUUUGACUGAUAAAGCUAUUCGGGAAGAAGUUGAUACCUUCAUUUUUGCCGGACACGAUACUACAGCAACAGCUCUCUCUUGGAUGGCUUUACUGAUUGGCAACCACCCGGAAGUGCAAGAAAGAAUUUACGAAGAACAAAUUUCGCUCUUUGGCAACGAUAAGUCUCCUCCAACACAACAAGACUUGCGACAAAUGGAAUAUUUAGAAGCUGUAAUGAAAGAAUGUCUACGCCUUCAACCAUCAGUCGUCGGAACCUCAAGAGGACUAAAAGAAGACAUUGAACUUGGGGGUUACACCGUUCCAGCUGGAUGCAUGUUAACUGUUCACAUUUAUCAGGUUCAUCGAGAGGAAAAGUACUUUCCGAAUCCCGAAAAAUUCAUUCCCGAUAGAUUUUUGCCGGAAAACUCGGGCAAAAUUCAUCCUUAUUCGUUCAUUCCGUUCUCUGGAUCGCACAGAAGCUGCAUUGGACAGAGGUUUGCAAUGAAUUUGAUGAAAAUUACACUUGCCACACUUUGCAGAAAUUACAAAAUGACGGCGGUUGACUCCUUGGAUAAAGUUCAGACAUGCAGGGAAAUCGUGGCAAGACCUUAUCCAGGCAUCAAUGUAAAACUCGAGAAACGAUGA